ACUUAUGCAUGCAGAUCAGAUCAGACCUCUGGGCGUUGAAGCUGAGCGGCUACCACUGCCGAGACUUUGUACUUACAUUGUAGUAUAUAGCCUAAGCUCCCUGCUCAUUUAGCUUAGGUACAGUGCGGGACAUCCCAUACCUCUAAUCAAUUGUGUGUUGUGAACCCACCUACCUGCAGUUGAUGUGGUAGCAUUAUCAAGUUCAUUGCAGGUACAACCCUAUCUCUGAAGGUGAAACCUACACCAUUGACCUCCAAAAGUAGGUAUCUGGGGUAAGAAAAGUUACGUAUUGCAAAAAAGCAACCACGUACCAGUUAUUAACGUACAUUAAAAAUGUAUGAUGGGACUGGCAGUCAGUCAUUAUUACCGUGACAUCUGCCGAGUUUCUCACCACGUGGACUGUGGAAGGUGUAGGGAAUGUUUUAGAAGUGCAAGUUUACCUCGAAGUGCGCGGUCCUACGGUCAUAAAAGUUUCCAACUUGUUUAUUAAAGUAGGCUGUCAAACUUUACGGCUGGCAUGAGGGCGAACAAGGUAUCAGCGGUGUCGGACACCCGCCUGAUCGAGGUGGGUGCGGCGGACGAAAGCGGCAAGAAACACAACAAGAUCAAGACCUCCAAGUAUACCCUUCUCACGUUCCUGCCCAAGAACCUGACGGAGCAGUUCCGCAGGAUCGUGAAUUUUUACUUUCUUAUUGUGACCGUCAUCGCUAUUGUUAUUGACAGCCCCGUGUCCCCGUACACCAGCAUCGCCCCUCUGUCGUUCAUGGUGAUGAUCACCGCCAUGAAGCAAGGGUACGAGGACUGGCUGCGACACAAGGCGGACAAUCUCGUCAACAAACAAAUAGUGGAGAUCAUCCACAAAGGCACGAUCAAGGAGGUGAUCAACGCGCACAUAGCGCCCGGCACCCUGGUUAGGGUGAGGCGGGGUCAUGCGGUCCCGGCUGACCUGGUGUUGCUGUGUUCCUCGGGAGACGGCAAGUGCUACGUCACCACAGCCAACUUGGAUGGAGAGACGAAUCUGAAGACCUUGAGGGUGCCUCCGCCUCUUGUGGGGUACACUUCAGACAUAAUCCCGCAAGGCAUGCGCAUAGAAGUGCCGAACCCAGUGGCGGACUUAUACACGUUUUACGGACGACUUGAGAUCCCUGGGCGGGACACACUGCCGCUGUCGACAGACAACCUCAUGCUGAGGGGAUCCAGGGUCAAGAACACGGAGUGGGCCAUCGGGUGCGCUGUCUAUACGGGGGAAGAAACGAAACUGGCUUUAAACUCGCGAUACACAGCCAACAAGUUUUCCUCCUGCGAGUUGGCAGUCAACAGCUUCCUCGGCUUCUUCAUAAUCCUGCUCUGUCUAGAGAUUGUCAUCUCUUACGCCCUGAAGAUCAGGUUCGAAUUGAAGAACCAUGGACACGAGACGUACUUGGGUCCUCAGACCACCUGGCCACCGACCCCGUCGGCUGUGAUGCAAGAUCUGUUCUCAUUCCUGCUGCUCUACUACUAUAUUAUACCGAUGUCGUUGUAUGUGACGAUAGAACUCUACAAGUUUAUUGGUGCUCUUUUCAUUGGUUGGGAUGAAGACCUACGUUGCAAGGAGACGGGCAGAUACGCCGUGGCCAACACCUCCGACCUGAACGAGGAGUUGGGACAAAUAGAAGUCCUGUUCUCAGACAAAACUGGUACUUUGACCAAGAAUCUCAUGGUUUUCAAAGCGUGCUCCAUCAACGGGCAUGUGUAUGAGGAACGAGACAACAAACUCUAUGAGACGUGUGGAUUCGAAGAGCCAGAGGAUAUGUUUAAGACAGAUAUUAAAUUUUUCUUCACUAUCCUUGCUUUGUGCCAUUCCGUCCAAAUAUCAAACGAAGAGAUGAAAAGACUGAGCGCAAAAUUAUCGCUUACAAGCAAUCAACUGAUAUCAUUUUUUCAAAAGAAAAGUAAAAUUCAGUCCGCUAAUGGAUUUGCUAAUGGUAAUACCAUAAGUACUAAUGGUAUUUCUAACAAUUUAAAUAGUUCGACUGGUAAAGUCGACUACCAGGCAAGCAGCCCUGAUGAAAAGGCUUUGGUUGAAGCAGCUGAUAGAUUUGGCAUCACAUUUCUCGGGGAAGAUGGAAACAAUUUGGUGAUAGGAAUUGCGGAUGACACCGAAUUGUAUGAACGAUUGCAACUCAUAGAAUUCACAUCGGAAAGAAAAAGGAUGUCAGUAGUCUUAAAAGAUAAGGAUGGAAAGAUUUGGCUUUUUUGUAAAGGUGCAGAAAGCUCAGUUCUGCCGCUAUGUAGAAAUAAUGAAGUUAUAGACAUAACUAACAGAGACAUCACUACAUUUGCUAACAAAGGUCUUAGAACUCUCGCUAUAGCUUACAGAGAGAUACCUCAAGAAGAAUACGAUAUAGUUACAGAUGGACUAAAACGCGUAGACGCGCGACAAGAUGCGGCGUUUCUCCAGCAAGUGAGCAACCACUACAGGAUACUGGAGCGAGACCUGACCCUGAUCGGAGCGACGGCCGUGGAGGACUGUCUGCAAGACGACGUGGCCGAGACCCUCGCGUCCUUGAGGCGGGCCGGCCUGAGGAUCUGGGUGCUCACUGGGGAUAAGGUAGAAACAGCAAUAAACGUAGCUCAAUCGUGUGCCCACAUAUCUGAGAAUGACACAAGGAUCUACCUCAUCAAUAUAGAAGAUAAUACCAAAAUGCAAGCCCAGCUAGACGAAUGCAAACAAACAGUAAACGCCCCUGACUACAGAGACAUAACGUUAAUAGUCGAUGGCACGAGUAUGGCGCAAAUACUGGACACUACCUAUGCACCACAGUUUGUGGAUAUUUCGUUGAAGUGCCACGCUGUGUUGUGCUGUCGACUGUCUCCUAUACAAAAAGCUAAGAUAGUGCGGCUAAUAAAGCACAGUCCGGAGCAGCCGAUCACGGCAGCGAUAGGGGACGGAGCCAACGACAUCUCCAUGAUACAGGAGGCGCACGUCGGCUUCGGGAUCUUCGGCAAGGAGGGACACCAGGCCGCCAGAUCAGCAGAUUUUGGAUUCACAAAGUUUGCUAUGAUCAAGAAAAUUAUACUAGUGAUGGGUCAUUGGUACUACCAGAGGUUGGCAACAUUAAUCCACUAUUUCUUCUACAAAAAUCUUGUUUUUGGUAAUUUAAUGCUGUUCUACCAGUACCACUCGGCGUUCUCGACGCAGUCGAUAUUCGACUCUAUGUACCUGACUCUCUACAACCUGGUGUUCAGCUCCGUGCCGUGCCUCAUCCUCUCCGUCACGGAACAAAGAUGGCCGCCGGAGCUGUUGAUGAAAAAGCCAGCUUACUACAAGACAGUGACAAAGAACCAGCUGAUGACGUGGCGCUACUUCGGCAUCUGGUGCGGGACCGCCACCUACCACUCGCUCAUCAUAUACGUGUUCAGCCUGCUGGCCUUCAAGCAUUUAGUUGUUAGUACUGAUGGGAAAACUAUAGAUCUGUGGUGCUAUGGCGCCGUCCUGUUCCACUACCUCCUGCUAGUGGUGAACCUGAAGCUGUGGCUGCACGCGCGGUACCAGACCGCCGUCUUUGUGGCCUCCGUCGUUCUGUCCGUCGUGUUCUAUGUACUCUUCAACUGGGUGUACGCGCUUGUUGACGUAAAAUUCGACGGAGACAUUCUCGGCACAUACACUCGCCUGCUAGCGUCACCCGCCUUCUGGUUAUCAAACGUGGUGGUCUGUGUGGCGGUCCUGCUCCCCGACUUCUGCAUCCGACUGUACCCUGACCUGAUGAAGAGGAAAGCACCCCAUGUGGGCACUGAGGAGGUCGUGGCUACAGUGUCUAGGCUAUAGGGAUGAGGGUAACAGGUGGUUAAAGGUGGAAAUUUAAUUAGUGUCUUGAAGGAUACGCUUAGGCCUUAGACAUUUAAAUGAAUGUCUGACAUAUUACUGGCUUAGGCACAAGUUAAAGGCGAAGUCUUGUAAAUAGGCAGGGAAUAUUGAGAUCCAUAAACCAGUUUGUUGAGCAAGAAGGGAGAAAUACGAAGAGUAGCGGCGCCGCACCGCAAAAAACACACCUCACCCAGUUAAAAUGCGAUUUUGAAAAAUAACUAUGAAAUUUUU